GCGCCCCGAGGGGGCCGGGCCGUCCGGUGGGGCCGCGGCCCUGUUCGGUGCUGCGAGCUCGCCCUCUCGCGGCUCCCCGGCCCGGCCGCCGCCGCCGCCGCCCCUCUCCCCGCCCAGAGGCGCCCCGGGGGCACCAUGCAGGCGCAGCAGCUGCCGUACGAGUUUUUCAGCGAGGAGAACGCACCCAAGUGGCGGGGGCUGCUGGUGCCGGCGCUGAAAAAGGUCCAGGGGCAAGUCCAUCCUACUCUUGAGUCUAGUGAUGAUGCUCUUCAGUAUGUUGAAGAAUUAAUUUUGCAGUUAUUAAAUAUGCUAUGCCAAGCUCAGCCCCGAAGUGCUUCAGAUGUAGAGGAACGUGUUCAAAAAAGUUUCCCUCAUCCAAUUGAUAAGUGGGCAAUAGCUGAUGCCCAAUCGGCUAUUGAAAAGAGGAAGCGAAGAAACCCUUUAUCUCUCCCAGUAGAAAAAAUUCAUCCUUUAUUAAAGGAGGUCCUAGGUUAUAAAAUUGACCACCAGGUUUCUGUUUACAUAGUAGCAGUAUUAGAAUACAUUUCUGCAGACAUUUUAAAGCUGGUGGGGAAUUAUGUACGAAAUAUACGGCAUUAUGAAAUUACAAAACAAGAUAUUAAAGUGGCAAUGUGUGCUGAUAAGGUAUUGAUGGAUAUGUUUCAUCAAGAUGUAGAAGAUAUAAAUAUAUUAUCUUUAACCGAUGAAGAGCCUUCCACCUCAGGAGAGCAAACUUACUAUGAUUUGGUAAAAGGAUUUAUGGCAGAAAUUCGACAGUACAUAAGGGAACUAAAUUUAAUUAUAAAAGUUUUUAGAGAGCCCUUUGUCUCCAAUUCAAAAUUAUUUUCAGCUAAUGACGUAGAAAAUAUAUUUAGUCGUAUAGUAGAUAUACAUGAACUUAGUGUAAAGUUACUGGGCCAUAUAGAAGAUACUGUGGAAAUGACUGAUGAAGGUAGUCCCCAUCCCUUAGUAGGAAGCUGCUUUGAAGACUUAGCAGAGGAACUGGCAUUUGAUCCAUAUGAAUCAUAUGCUCGAGAUAUCUUACGGCCUGGUUUUCAUGAUCGUUUCCUUAGUCAGUUAUCAAAGCCAGGAGCAGCACUCUAUUUACAGUCAAUAGGCGAAGGUUUCAAAGAAGCUGUUCAAUAUGUUUUACCCAGGCUACUUCUAGCCCCUGUUUACCACUGUCUGCAUUACUUUGAGCUUUUGAAGCAGUUAGAAGAAAAGAGUGAAGAUCAAGAAGACAAGGAAUGUUUGAAACAAGCAAUAACAGCUUUGCUUAAUGUUCAGAGUGGUAUGGAAAAAAUAUGUUCUAAAAGUCUUGCAAAACGAAGACUGAGUGAAUCUGCAUGUCGGUUUUAUAGUCAGCAAAUGAAGGGGAAACAACUAGCAAUCAAGAAAAUGAACGAGAUUCAGAAGAAUAUUGAUGGUUGGGAGGGAAAAGACAUUGGACAGUGUUGCAAUGAAUUUAUAAUGGAAGGAACUCUUACACGUGUAGGAGCCAAGCAUGAGAGACACAUAUUUCUCUUUGAUGGCUUAAUGAUUUGCUGUAAAUCAAAUCAUGGGCAGCCAAGACUUCCUGGUGCUAGCAAUGCAGAGUAUCGUCUGAAAGAAAAGUUUUUCAUGAGAAAGGUACAAAUUAAUGACAAAGAUGACACCAGUGAGUACAAGCAUGCUUUUGAAAUAAUUUUAAAAGAUGAAAAUAGUGUUAUAUUUUCUGCCAAGUCAGCUGAAGAGAAAAACAAUUGGAUGGCAGCACUGAUAUCUCUCCAGUACCGGAGCACACUGGAAAGGAUGCUUGACGUGACGAUGCUACAGGAAGAGAAGGAGGAGCAGAUGAGGCUCCCUAGUGCUGAUGUUUAUCGAUUUGCAGAGCCUGACUCCGAAGAGAAUAUAAUAUUUGAAGAGAACACACAGCCCAAGGCUGGAAUUCCAAUUAUCAAAGCAGGAACUGUUAUUAAACUUAUUGAGAGGCUCACGUACCAUAUGUACGCAGAUCCCAAUUUUGUUCGGACAUUUCUUACAACAUACAGAUCCUUUUGUAAACCUCAAGAACUACUGAGUCUUAUAAUAGAAAGGUUUGAAAUUCCAGAGCCUGAGCCAACAGAAGCUGAUCGCAUAGCUAUAGAGAAUGGAGAUCAACCGUUGAGUGCAGAACUAAAAAGGUUUAGGAAAGAAUACAUACAGCCUGUACAACUGCGAGUAUUAAAUGUAUGUCGGCAUUGGGUAGAGCACCAUUUCUAUGAUUUUGAAAGAGACGCAGAUCUUUUGCAGCGAAUGGAAGAGUUUAUUGGAACAGUAAGAGGUAAAGCAAUGAAAAAAUGGGUUGAAUCCAUCACUAAAAUAAUCCAAAGGAAAAAAAUUGCAAGAGACAAUGGACCAGGUCAUAAUAUUACAUUUCAGAGUUCACCUCCCACAGUUGAGUGGCAUAUAAGCAGGCCUGGGCACAUAGAGACUUUUGACCUGCUCACCUUACACCCAAUAGAAAUUGCUCGACAACUCACUUUACUUGAAUCAGAUCUGUAUCGAGCUGUACAGCCAUCAGAAUUAGUUGGAAGCGUGUGGACAAAAGAAGACAAAGAAAUUAAUUCUCCUAAUCUCCUAAAAAUGAUCCGGCACACCACUAACCUCACUCUGUGGUUUGAGAAAUGUAUUGUAGAAACUGAAAACUUAGAAGAAAGAGUAGCUGUGGUGAGUCGAAUAAUUGAGAUUCUACAAGUCUUUCAAGAGCUGAACAAUUUCAAUGGUGUCCUUGAGGUUGUCAGUGCUAUGAACUCAUCUCCUGUUUACAGACUAGACCACACAUUUGAGCAAAUACCAAGUCGCCAAAAGAAAAUUUUAGAAGAAGCUCAUGAAUUAAGCGAAGAUCACUAUAAGAAAUAUUUGGCAAAACUCAGGUCUAUUAAUCCACCGUGUGUGCCUUUCUUUGGAAUUUAUCUAACUAAUAUCUUGAAAACAGAAGAAGGCAACCCUGAGGUCCUAAAAAGGCAUGGAAAAGAGCUUAUAAACUUUAGCAAAAGGAGGAAAGUAGCAGAAAUAACAGGAGAGAUCCAGCAGUACCAAAAUCAGCCUUAUUGUUUACGAGUAGAAUCAGAUAUCAAAAGGUUCUUUGAAAAUUUGAAUCCAAUGGGAAAUAGCAUGGAAAAAGAAUUUACAGAUUAUCUUUUCAACAAAUCCUUAGAAAUAGAACCGCGAAACCCUAAGCCUCUCCCAAGAUUUCCAAAAAAAUACAGCUAUCCCCUAAAAUCUCCUGGUGUUCGUCCAUCAAACCCAAGACCAGGUACCAUGAGACAUCCCACACCUCUGCAGCAGGAGCCAAGGAAAAUUAGUUACAGUAGGAUCCCCGAAAGUGAGACAGAAAGUACAGCAUCUGCACCAAACUCUCCAAGAACACCGUUAACACCUCCUCCUGCUUCGGGUGCUUCUAGUAUCACAGAUGUUUGCAGCGUAUUUGACUCUGAUCAUUCGAGCCCUUUUCACUCAAGCAGCGAUACCGUCUUUGUCCAAGUUUCACUGCCCCAUGGCCCAAGAUCUGCUUCAGUAUCAUCUAUAAGUUUAACCAAGGGCACUGACGAAGUGCCUGUCCCCCCUCCUGUUCCUCCACGAAGACGGCCAGAAUCUGCCCCCGCGGAAUCUUCACCAUCUAAGAUUAUGUCUAAGCAUUUGGACAGCCCCCCAGCAAUUCCUCCUAGACAGCCCACAUCAAAAGCCUAUUCACCGCGGUAUUCAAUAGCAGACCGGACCUCUAUAUCAGACCCUCCCGAGAGCCCUCCCUUAUUACCACCGCGAGAACCUGUGAGGACACCUGAUGUUUUCUCCAGCUCACCACUACAUCUCCAGCCUCCCCCUUUGGGCAAAAAAAGCGAUCAUGGCAAUGCCUUCUUCCCAAACAGCCCUUCCCCAUUUACGCCACCUCCUCCUCAAACACCUUCUCCUCAUGGCACGAGAAGGCAUCUGCCAUCACCACCACUGACACAAGAAGUGGACCUUCCUUCCAUCACUGGGCCGCCGGUUCCUCCACGACAAAGCACUUCUCAACAUAUCCCUAAACUCCCUCCAAAAACUUACAAAAGGGAGCACACACACCCCUCCAUGCACAGAGAUGGACCACCACUGUUGGAGAACGCCCAUUCUUCCUGAGUGUCUCUGUUCCAGGAUGGACAUUUUCCUAGCCCCAAAUCCAUUGCUGGCAAUGGAUGCACGGAAUGUGCCAGCACUGAGGAGUUACAGUGACAACUCCAAACACUAACGACUCUACUUCAAGAUGCAGUAUAAGACAAUGAAUUUUAACCUAGACAUAAUUAUAAAAUGAAAAUGGUAUUCAUUUAGAUACGGAAAGACUGAUGUAGAGGAAUUGGACAACUGAUUGCACCUGAAAAUCAAGUAAAGGGACUUUUUCCAGCCAAUAGGCAGGAGUCCUCUUUUUGUGAAGUGAUCUUUAUCGUUAAAGGGAUGGAAAACAUAGUCUAGUGUCCAGCAGGCCCACAUGAUGACAGUUUUUGUAAUUCAAAAUAUGCACUUUUUAAAAAGAAAUCUUAAACAGGGAUCUUCAUAUCUCCUUUGUUUUCCUUUGCUUUUACUCAUCCUACUUUAGAAUAUUUUCCUAGAAAUCAUUUAAAGGACUGUGGGGAGUGGCUGUGGUGCCUGACCUUGUGAGAGUCCAGGCCCCGUGCUGUGCCACAGUCCCGUUUACAGGUUAUUACAGUGAAGUGAAUGGGUACCGAGGCUUCACCAAAGAGGUACUUUUUUUUCUUUUUCUUUCUUUCUUUUUUUUUUUUAGGAAUAAUUAUAUUAAUUUUAAGAGCAUUCCCCCACCCACCCUCCCUACAAACAAAAUAUGGUGGUGAUGCCUUCAAACAAGAAGUUUUGUGUCAUUAACAUGACAAGAACUUUUUUAAAAAAUGUAACUGUCAAGUAUACGAUUUACAUUUAGGAGACUGUUAAUCUGUGCUAGAUUGUUAUCGUCCCCCACCCCCCACAAAAGUUUACUGGUAACCCAUGUCAUGGCUCAUAGCCGUCCCUCUAACCAUUCUCUGGAAAUGCAGUCACCCAGUGUGGAAAGGAGCAUUGCUGGGCGUCCCUGACACCGCUCAUGUUUUACGGAUAGUUGAGUAAUCCACAGAUCUAGAAUUACCUUGCAUUGCUGAAAUCAUGUGUAUAUAGUGAAUGUUAUAUAAUAAACCUGGCAGGUCUGUUUUAAUUUAAUUGAAUAAAGAUACAAAUACUUUGUUUGGCUGGCAUAUAUUAAAUUAUUAUAUGGAGAAAA